AUGCCCGCAGUAGAAGUCCCUUCUACUGUUCGAGAUUCUUUUAAACAUUUAACUCUAGCGGACGAAAACUUUGAUAAACCUAAUGACAUUGAUUUAUUGUUAGGUGCCGAGCUGUUUCAUAAUGUCUAUGACGGUCAGCGUUUAAAUUUGGGCCCGGGCUUGCCGGUCGCUCUGCACAGCGUAUUCGGCUGGGUUCUCACGGGGAAGCUCGACCCCGAGUGUCGACCCCCACCGACUACCUCUUCCCUCUUUGCUUCCACACUUGCCCUAGACAAUGUGGUCAAGCGUUUUUGGGAGGUCGAAGAGCCCCCGUCGGUUGAUAUUUCAAACCCAGAAGACGAUAAAUGUGAACAGUUAUAUACCAAUCUAGUGAAACGCAAUCCUGACGGAAGGUACGUCGUUCCUAUGUUAGUCAAGGAGCCGUGCGAAAAACUCGGGGAUUCUUAUAAUAUUUCUUUAUCACGAUUCACAAACCUUGAAAGACGACUUCAUCGUCACGACCAACUGAAAGAAGAUUACGUCCGCUUUAUGCGCGAGUAUAGCGAGUUGGGUCAUAUGCAACCUGUUGACCCACCGAACGAUAGUGACCGGAAUAUAAUUCCUCACCAUUGCGUUUUAAGACCAGAUAGUUCAACUACCAAACUACGUGUAGUUUUCGACGGCAGCGCGAGAACUACUAACGGGAAGGCUUUAAACGAUAUUGUCCACACCGGUCCAAAACUGCAAAAUGAUAUCGUAGACAUCAUUACUAAGUUCCGCCUUCACGAGGUAGUUUUCACCGCGGACAUCUCUAAGAUGUACCGUAAUAUUGAUUUGCGACCGGAAGACCCCAAGUUGCUUAUUCAAGACCUGUGGCGACGUCAGUUGGACUGGGACGAAUCCGUUCCUGCGGACGUUUCACAACAGUGGCAAAACUUCGUAUCGGAGUUACAAAAUUUGACUGAA